AUGCCAUCCUUGGAAGAGCUUGCCUUAAGUGACACUCCCAAGCCAGGAGAGCCCAAGUCUCAAUUUACUGGCAAACUGAUGCGUGUUUUCAAGGAGGUUGCUGUGAAGGACACAACAGGCAUUCAGUGUAGAGAGGUUUACAUGACAGCUUCCUUCUCCAAUAAAGAUGGAGUUUUGGAGGCAUUAAGUUUUGAAAAGACGUCUACCACAUCCCAACAGUAG